CAUGAAAAAUAUAAUGAAAAAGUUAUUCAAAUGUACGUCAAGUGCCUUGGAGAUCAAGAAAAAUUAUUUCUUUUAGAUCAAGGGAUUGAUGUUUCUGAAAUAAUAAACUACCGUUUAGAUGAACAUUCUA